AUGGACGGACCGGGUCCAGCUGUCCCGUGGUCUCUGUCGCUAUGGUAACAGUGUGGAGUGCUGCUGGGGCUGGACACAGACGGACGGAGGACGACCUGAACGAGUGCGGUCUGAAGCCCCGCCCCUGUAAGCACCGCUGCAUGAACACACCUGGCAGCUACAAGUGCUUCUGUCAGGACGGCUACACGCUGCAGGCCGACGGCAGCUGCAGGAAUGUCAGGACCUGUUACCAUGCCAACUGUCAGUACGGCUGUGAGGUCAUGAAGGGGGCGGUGCGAUGCACCUGUCCAUCUCCAGGGUUACGUCUGGGUCCAGACAGACGUUCCUGCGUGGACGUCAACGAGUGCGCUCUGGGCAGAGACACGUGUCCCCACCGCAGGAAGUGCAUCAACACGUUCGGCAGCUUCCUCUGCAGAUGUCACCUGGGCUUCAAAUUGACGUACCUGGACGGGCGCUACGCCUGCAUCGGUGAGCUCUCACCUGUCCCACUCUGAUCUGUCCUGCCCUGCAGCAGGGACAAGAGGACCAGCAGGACUUACGUCCUGUCCACGAGGAAACGGUUUUUCUAAAAAUAA